CGUCAGCACAGUCCGGUGACGUAGCGACAUCCGCGUUGUCUGGGAAACAUGGCGGAAGUUGUGGACGUAAAUAAACCUCUGUUUGCAGGUUUAUCUGACGUGUCGAUUGCGGAGGAUAUUCCAGUAGAGGGAGAUAUCGCGGUGCCAGUGAGGUCUCAGAGUGGAGACGAUGAGAUUUCCACGCUGGACGAGCCUGUAAAGGACACUAUUUUGAGGGAUUUGAAGGCGGUGGGUCAGAAGUUUGUCCACGUGCUGUAUCCAAAGAAAAGCUCAGCUCUGCUCCGAGACUGGGACCUAUGGGGACCUUUACUGCUGUGUGUUACCCUGGCGCUGAUGCUGCAGGGUGGAUCAGCUGACAGUAAGGAUGACGGGGGGCCGCAGUUCGCUGAAGUUUUCGUCAUUGUCUGGUUCGGCUCCAUCAUCAUCACCCUCAACUCCAAACUGCUGGGCGGGACCAUAUCGUUCUUCCAGAGUCUGUGUGUGUUGGGUUACUGUAUCCUCCCGCUGACCGUGGCCAUGCUGGUUUGUCGGCUCGUCCUCCUCGGCUCGAUGGAAGUGGGCGGUUUCAUCAUCCGGCUGGUUGUGGUCACCGCCUCCUUCGGCUGGUCAACGUUCGCCUCCACGGCCUUCCUCGCAGACAGCCAGCCGCCCAAUCGGAAGGCUCUGGUGGUCUACCCCGUGUUCCUCUUCUACUUUGUGAUCAGCUGGAUGAUCCUGACCUUUUCUCCGUCUCAUUAACUUCUCAGCCACUCGGCAAACGGGACAUAAGCUAAAGCUCCAGCAGGCCGGUUUAGAGCCAGGCUGUGAUUGGUGAGGAUCGAGGGACGACUUUGGAGAUCCAAAGGGAAAAAAAUCAACCUGCCUCCUAAAACGCACCAGUCUUUCUGACACCUCUCCCUCAUCCCUCGUUUUUUGGACUGGCUGGAUGGACAGAUGGAAGGAAGAGAGAAAACAGCGAAUUGAAGUUUAGUUUGAUUCUCAGUUUAUGCAACAAACCCACAUCUGUACACUUUAUUAUUAAUCAUUAGACCUAACUGAUCGUGUCUGUCUGUGUGUGUGUGUGUGUGUGUGUCUGUGUGUGUGU